AUGAAUUCACCAAGAACAUCAGAAAUUGCAAUAAUUGGCGCUGGCCUCUCCGGCCUCGCUCUGGCAUUAGCCCUACACAAAAAUGGACUCAGCAACAUCACCAUAUACGAAUCGCGCCCAGCAUCUCUCGACAUCGGCGGCGCAAUCAUGCUGUCUCCUAACGCGUUAAAGGUACUUGACGGACUAAAUGUCUAUCAGCAACUACGACUACGAAGCUAUGAAUUCGACACCCUCUAUUUCCGAAAAUCAGAUGAAGCCAUGACUCCUGUCGACGCCUUCGAGUUCGGCUCUUCGUCAAAAUAUGGCUAUCAGGCUCUGCGGGUUUAUCGCUACGAAUUGAUUGAGGUAUUGCAUCAAGCAAUCCUCGAAAAGAGAGGUAUAUCAAUCAAAUACGGCAAGAAGUUCUCUCGCAUCCUCUCCGAGACAAACGAGGCCGUAACCUGGGCCUUCACCGACGACACCGAGGCAUCAGCUUCACUCCUUAUCGGAACCGAUGGAAUCCAUUCCCAGGUUCGCAGAUACAUGUAUCCUGAUAUCGAGCCUCGCUUCACAAAUGGUAUUGGAGUGACAGCCGCCGUGCCUACAGCACAAUUACAACUGCCCACGGGUAUCGAGACGCCAUUGACCCUUAUGAACAACAAACACGGCGCAUUCGUUAUCGCGCAACAACUACCCGAUGGCAGCGAAGUGCUUAUUGGUAAGCAGCGACGAUUCACGGAGACCUUUGACAAGGAAGGUUGGGCAGAUCUACUCAACAAUAAAGAGUGGUGCAUAGACUUUCUCCGUCAAGGCGCCGAGGACUUUCCACAAUUAGUCUCCAACGCCGUCAGCAAUAUCCCCAAGAACAAGAUCAAUCUUUGGCCUUUCUACGUUGUGCCGAAACUCGAUACAUGGGUGUCUGCGGGCGGCAAGGUUGUGAUCAUGGGUGAUGCGGCGCAUGCCAUUCCGCCCACGGCUGGACAGGGAGUAAACCAGGCAUUUGAAGAUGUCUACACAUUUGCUGGUGUCGUCGGCGCACUUGAGAGAAGAAAUACGACUGAUGCUAGCAAGCGAAGUGUCAGCUUGAAGCGAUGGCAGGCGGGUAGACAAGCAAGAAUCGACAAAGUCCUUGAACUCAAUGCCAUGAUUGACAAAAGAAGACUGCCGAACCACAAUGACAGCUCUGAGGUUCAAAAGGGAGAAUUUGAUAUGGGUUGGUUGUACAAUGUUGACUUUGAGCAGGCGAUUGCGGAUUGGGUUGCUUGA